AUGGCGCUCGCGAAGGACUUCUUCAGUCUCUGCCUCGUAUCGACAUUUUUCUGUACCGAAGCAAAGAAGUCUUUCUUCUCAAGCAAUUACUGGCAGUUGGAAAUACGGUUGUACGUACCAACUCCUAAGCCUAGGCAUUUUUUGCUUGACGGAAGUCGGCGCGGCAGAGUACUGUAUGGUCUGCUGCUAGUCUUGGUUUACAUCUUCGAAAGGCCUGAGCCAAAGCCUAUGAGAUUCGAUACAAACGUGGAUGCUCUGAACAUCCUGGGACAAGAAGCGUUGGGAAUGAUAAGUAAUGUGAAGCUGGUGGUGGCUAGGUAUGAUCGCAUGAGGCCUCAUUUGGAUUUCCUGAAUGCUACCAUGGAGGCGUUGACGGGUGAGGGAAGACUGCAGAGGUUGGUGGUGCAGUUUCUCGCGUAUCAAGGGAGGGAUAGAAAUGUGGGGUGUGUUAGAUACAUGGGGUAUGAUAUGUGGCAUUAUUUGGAGCGGAUGGGGCUGGAUGAGGACGGGUCGAGGAAAGAGGAUCUGUCUCCUGGGAUGUACGAGUUUUGGAAGGAGAUGGUGGAGGUACUGGGGUGUAUGGGUAAGGUUGGGCCGGUGAAGGAGGUGAUUGUUUGUGGGUGUGUUACUGAUGAGUACUCAAAUUGGCUGGAGAAUGUGAUGAAGGAAGGAGUAAAAGGUGGAGAGGAAAAGGUAGUUGAUAAAGAUUUGGAAGGGAGGAAGAUGGAAAGGCUGCUAUUAAGUUCGGAAAAUCUUUAUCGCUGA